GACAUUUUAAUUGGUCCUAUUUUAGGGCAACUUCUCAAUCCGGACAGCCAAGAUACAGCAAAAUGUGUGUGACACUAUCAUCCGCAUCUUUAAAAGACAUGGAGCUGUCCAGUUGUGUACCCCACUACUGCUUCCCCGAAAUAGGCAAAUAUACGAGCACAAUGAAGCUGCCUUGUUCAUGGACCACAGCGGGAUGCUGGUGAUGCUUCCUUUCGACCUGCGGGUCCCUUUUGCAAGAUACGUGGCAAGAAACAAUAUACUGAAUUUAAAACGAUACAGCAUAGAACGUGUGUUCAGACCUCGCAAGUUAGAUCGAUUUCAUCCCAAAGAACUUCUGGAAUGUGCAUUUGAUAUUGUCACUUCUACCACCAACAGCUCUCUGCCCACUGCUGAAAUCAUCUAUACUAUCUAUGAAAUCAUCCAAGAGUUUCCAGCACUUCAGGAGAGAAAUUACAGUAUUUACUUGAACCAUACCAUGUUAUUGAAAGCAAUACUCUUACAUUGUGGGAUCCCAGAAGAUAAACUCAGUCAAGUUUACGUUAUUCUGUAUGAUGCCAUGACAGAGAAGCUGACAAGGAGAGAAGUGGAAGCCAAAUUUUGUAAUCUUGCUUUGUCUCCUAAUAGU